UCUUCUCUUGAUUCUUCAUAGCUCUUGAUCAUCCUAACUUGGAAGAUAAACAUCGUCACUGGGUUCGCACUGCCCUUGCCUAUGCUUGGGAAAUAGAGGAUUUCGACGACCUUGUUGAUCCUCGUCGCUUGUUUGACUGUUGUCUAUGCCCUCAACCUUCAAAGUACGUUUUAGAGAAAAUCCGUCAAGAAGAGAAGAGUAAGAUCGUCCUCACUUCGUCUCUCUCUCUCUCUCUCUCUCUCUCUCUCUCUCUCUCUUUACUGUCUAAUUGCGUCUUCCUUUUUCUCCUCCUUUUUUAUUUUUAUUUUUAUUUUUUUUUAUAGCAGAAAUGGCCACUAGAUAUAGCAAAGAUAAAUACGCCUGUAUUAGGAACUUGAAGAACAAACCCUUAGCCAACCUAACUUCUGACUCGAAGAAAAGAAAAUUGAGUGACGAGAAAGCUGAUACCACUGCCCUUCCAUCUACUCAUGUUGCCCCUUCUUCUUCAACCCUAUCUUUGGAAGUAACUGUCGUCAUGCCCCCGAUUACCCAUGCAAAAGGCAAAAGCAAAAUUGGAAUGAGUGUAUGGGACGACCUUGCUACAGCUUUGGGUCGUGCGCACAAUGUGAUUACCAAUGAUGAGUUGAAGGGUUUGUUGUCCAUUCCCUCCCACGAGCUCGUUAGUCGAAAUAUUCAUAAGUUGGUGCAGGUCCUUGGGGAGUCGUUGCGUAUCACAAUUGAUUACUUGGAUGUGGAGGAGAAAGUCGUAAUGGCUACUUUGAAGGCAGAAUCCGUUGAGGUUGAGUGUUCCCAGUUGAAGAAAGAUUUGAUUGCUGUCAUGAACGAGAGGAACGAUGAGAAACAGAAAAUAAAGGAGCUUACGGAAGCCCUGCGUGUGGAUAAGGCUCUUUUUGUUCAGAAGGACGAAGAAAUUCAAGCUGCCCUUCUAAAGACUGACGACGAGAGAGAUAAGAUCAUCCAAAAAUUUAAGCAAUCAGAGGAAAUUUCAGAUCUCCAGUUCAUGCAGUAUUUUAAGGGGUUUGAGCUUCUAUGUCGGUGGACAAUGAAGCACCACAGCUUGGCCGUAGACUUUUUUGGUCUGGAUUACGAGAAAAUUGAAACGGAGAUUCUUGAAGACGAAGCAAAGGAGCAGGAAGAGACUGAAUCUGGUGUCAUGAAGAAAGACCCCGCUAUGAGCAAGGUUACUGAAAAAAAUGCUGACAAGUUUGUUGUUCUUACUUCAUGAUUUCUUUUUUUGUUUUAAG